GGGGCUCCGGCCGGCUGGUGACGUCAGCGGUAUAAAGGCCCGCAGCGCCUUUGUUCGCCCUCAUUGCGCAGUUGCGGUUCGGCGCGAGCGGAGGUCAUUUGCGGAAUCAAAAUGGUUGAAGCAGAUCGUCCUGGGAAACUGUUCAUUGGGGGCCUGAACACAGAGACUAAUGAAAAAGCCCUUGAGGCUGUAUUCGGCAAAUAUGGACGCAUUGUGGAAGUCCUUUUGAUGAAAGACCGUGAAACCAACAAGUCCAGAGGAUUUGCGUUUGUCACGUUUGAGAGUCCAGCAGAUGCAAAAGAUGCUGCCAGAGAUAUGAAUGGAAAGUCAUUAGAUGGGAAAGCAAUUAAAGUGGAACAAGCAACCAAGCCAUCCUUUGAAAGUGGUGGUAGGCGUGGGCCGCCACCCCCUCCACGAAGCAGAGGUCCUCCCAGGGGCCUUAGAGGUGGAAGAGGCGGAAGUGGCGCGAGAGGACCACCUUCAAGAGGGAGUCACUUGGGGUCUUCUCGAGGGCCACUUCCCAUGAAGAGAGGUCCACCUCCACGAAGUGGAGGCCCUCCACCUAAAAGAUCUGCACCUUCAGGACCAGUGCGUAGCAGUAGUAUGGGGGGAAGAGCUCCUGUGUCACGUGGAAGAGACAGUUAUGGUGGCCCUCCACGCAGGGAACCAAUGCCAUCACGAAGAGAUGUCUACAUGUCUCCAAGGGAUGAUGGCUAUAGCACUAAAGACGGUUAUUCAAGCAGAGAUUAUCCCAGUUCCAGGGAUACACGGGACUACGCGCCACCUCCACGAGACUACGCAUACCGUGAUUAUGGUCAUUCCAGUUCACGUGACGAAUACCCCUCUAGGGGAUAUAGUCUUUCCUCCUAUAGUGAUCGUGAUGGAUACGGUGGUGGACGUGACCGAGACUACUCAGAUCAUCCAAGUGGAGGCUCCUACAGAGAUUCAUAUGAGAGUUAUGGUAACUCACGUAGUGCUCCACCUGCACGAGGGCCCCCGCCAUCUUAUGGUGGAAGCAGUCGAUAUGAUGAUUACGGCAGCACACGAGAUGGAUAUGGAAGCCGAGAAAGUUACUCAAGCAGCAGAAGUGAUGUCUACUCAAGUGGCCGUGAUCGUGUUGGAAGACAAGACAGGGGUCUUCCCCCAUCCAUGGAAAGGGGCUAUCCACCUCCUCGUGAUUCUUACAGUAGUUCAAGCCGCGGAGCACCCAGAGGUGGUGGCCGUGGUGGAAGCAGAUCCGAUAGAGGUGGAGGCAGAAGCAGAUACUAAAAACACUCUUAAACUUUUGGACCAAGACAGAUUACUUCUCAAAAAAAUGAAAAGUGGAAGUUGUUCUAUCUUUACUACCAGAGGACUACUAAAAGGAAAAGUUGUUUUUACCUUUUUUUAUUGUUGCCUGUUAAGUUUUCCCCUCCAUGACUUUUAUGCUUUUGUGAGGAAAAGUUAAACCAAUGUUUAAUUUCAUUUCAAAAUUGUUAACAUUUCUUUCAAAAAGCAAAUGUUAAAUGUAUAAAACUUGAGCUGUGUACUAGUGUUGUAAUUUUCAAAGUAAAGUUUCACUGAAAUGCGACACUUCCCAUCUGAUUUUCCUCAUGAAUGGAACAAGCAGUUCUUAAGAUCUUCCACACAACAUCCAACCAUCUAACAUGGAGGUGGAUUGUUCUACAUGUUCAGCAUCUCAUUCUUAAACAAAGUAUUGCUUGUGAUUUGGAGGGUGGUGGGGAUAUUCCACACAAAGUUCAGUUGUGCCUAGAAUUUGAAGUCACAGUGUUCCCCGUACAGAAUGCCUUCAGAUCCUUGUGUAAAGAAAAAUAGAGGAUAUCAUUCACUUAACCCGAAAAAACAAGUGGAUAAUACUAUUUUCUGCCUUCCUACUGUUUCAUGGGGAGUUUGAAAAGAUCUCCCCUCCAAAUAAAUCAUGUACAUGUAAGUCAGCUACAGAAUACUGUAAAAAUAAAAAAAAAUUUGACCAAUUCCAUCA